AUCGAAUGGCUCCGGCCGAGAUGGCCGAGCUGAAGAAGCAAUUGGAAGAAUUGCUUGACAAGGGGUUCAUACGGCCAAGUAGCUCCCCUUGGGGUGCACCAGUCCUUUUUGAGAAAAAGAAGGAUGGUAGCAUGCGUCUGUGCAUAGACUAUCGAGGGUUGAACAGGGUAACUGUGAAGAACAAGUAUCCGUUGCCCAGGAUAGACGAGCUGUUGGGUCAGCUGAAAGGAGCUAGUGGUUUUCAAAAAUCGAUUUGGCCUCGGGAUAUCAUCAGAUACCUAUAGAGCCAAAUGUGAAGAUGUAAGAUGUCCGCCCUGAAGUAGUCGCUGACGUAGUUGCUGAAGUAGACGUCAUAGUGAGUGGUGAAGACCAUGUGGAGUCAAGAUGCUGAGCUGGAGUCGUGUAGACUUGGAGAGCAAGGGAGUAUCUUGGAGAUAUGGAAAGAGGAAUAAACUUGAGGAGCAAGUUUAUGACUUAAAGAAAGAGGAAUAAGUGCAUUCCAAGAAAAGGAAAGUUGCACUUAUUGUUAUGGAAGAUGUCCAUACAUGUUGCCUUGGAGACUAGGGUUUCAAGAACGUGGAGAAUAACUAUAAGAUAACUAUGGGGUCGUCUGUAUAGAGACAGACACACGGAGGCUGAUCUUAUAUAGAGAGAGAAGCUCUUGGAGGUGUUCUUGGGUCGUGCUGAAGCAGUGGCUGAAGUACUUGACGGAGAAGAGAUAUAAGUGGGUAGCUUAGGAAUCUUUCAGUAGCGUGUGUUAGGGUGUUAACACUGACGUGUAAAAGCUGAAUAAGCAAGUCUUGUAAAGAUUGUUUAAAGGAGAUUCUAAUAAAAGCUUUGGUGUGCUUGUGUGAUUUGUCUCUUUGAUUUACCUUCUGCAUUACCUAUUGUUGUGUCAUCUUGCACUAACAAGUGGUAUCAGAGCGGGGCACCUAAGUUAUCGGUGUAAUCCUGAAGGUGAAGAUCGACACGAUUAUUUCUAUGCAGAAGGAAAUCGUGUUGAAUGCGGACCAGUAUGGUCAUUGGAAGGCUUGCAUGAAGCAGAUGAUUCGAGGAAUCAAUGAAGAUGCGUGGACAGCUGUGGAGAUUGGUUGGGAGGAGCCUACCAUAGUCACAGUAGGUGAGAAGAAGCCUAAGCCAAAAGAGGAUUGGUCAGAGGCAGAACACAAUGCAUCAAAAUUUAAUGCAAAGGCAUUGUCGGUGAUUUUUGGAGCUGUUGAAGCAGAGCAGUUUCAGCUGAUUCAGGGGAGUACUUUGGCUAAAGAGGCGUGGGAGAUCCUGCUGAAUUCAUUUGAAGGAGAUGAGAGUGUCAAGAGGACACGUCUAGAUCAUCUUGGGUCGCAGUUUAAGAAUCUCAGGUGGUCUGAUAAUGAUUCUGUGGCGAGUUUUAGUGCCAAACUCAGUGGUAUGGCGCAUGAAGCAUUUGUACUUGGGAAGAAGUACAAGGAGAAGAAGCUGGUAAAGAAGUUACUACGCUGUCUUCAAACGAAGUUUAGAGCUCACAAGGCGGUCUUACAGAUGACUACAAACACGGAUGAGCUCAAGUUUGACAAGCUUGUGGGUAUGCUGAAGGCACAAGAGAUGGAGACAGACAGUAGUUCAGUCUCUACGUCAGGUGGUGCAUCAAGGAGUAUAGCUCUUGCUGCUGAUAAAGAUGGAGAUAGAUCUCCAAAUGUUGAAGAUGCCAUGGGGAUGUUGGCUAGGAAUCUGAGUAAGAUGAUGAAUUCCUCUGGUGAGAGGAAUCUGUAUGGUCGUCAGGGAGGUGAUCGUGGCAAUAGCAGAAGAAGAGAACGUCUUAAAUGUUAUGAGUGUGAAGGUGUUGGUCAUAUAAAGGCUGACUGUCCUAUAGCACAACGAAGAGAACUUAAGUGUUCUGAGUGCAGAUGUGUUGGACACACACGGCGUGAAUGUCCAAACUCAAAGAAGGAGAAAGGAGUUCCAUUGCAGUCGUCUGAUGAUUCAGAGUCUGAAGAAGAUGGAAAGGUGAUGAAGAAUAUGGUUGCAUUUGGUGCACGCAGGGAGAAAUCCAUUGAAUCCUCGGAUUCAGAAGUCAGUACAGACUUUGAGGAUUAUCAAGUAAUGCACAACAAGUGGUUGAAUCUCAAGAAUCAGAAUCUGAGGUUGCAACAUGAUUUGGUGCAGAGCCGUGAACAGUAUGAUGAUCUUGCUGAAGAACUUGCUGCUGUAAAUGAGAAUUAUGAGUCUCUGGAGAAGGAGGUUAGCAAACUGAGAGAGGUUGCUACUGAUGAACGUGAGAGAGCAAUGAGGCUGGAACGUGAUUUGGCUGAGAAUCGCAAACAGAUCAGGAUGCUCAACAGUGGAUGCAAAGAGUUGGAUAAGAUACUCUCGAUGGGUCAACCAGCCAAGGCGAAGUGGGGCCUAGGAAAUCGAGGAGCUGAGAGUACUAAGGAAGUACAACAUAAGGGGUUGCCACGUUUCGUGCAUGGGAGCACAUCAGAAAAUGGAGCCAAAGGAGCUUGUCAGGAAUUACGUCGGGACAUACGACAGGGAGUAAGGCAGGAAGUUCUGCAGCGCGUAGCUGUGAGUAACAAGCCAAAAGUAGUACAUCAGUGCAAUAACAUGAAGGUCAGACAGGAGGUUCUGAAGCAUGGUUAUGCAGCUGGUACAAGGAAGGAGACUGAUCGGUGCAUCAGCAACUGUGUCAGGCCAAGCAAGAAGCAGCAUCGAAUGUGCUGUUGGUUCUGUGGGAAGGUUGUACACAAGAAGGUGGAGUGUUUUGCUCGUGAGAAGAGCAGAAACAUGGUCAAGAAGGUGAACAAGACGUUCACUAGGCCUAGGAGGGUUGAAAAGGUGUCUUUAGCCAAGAGUGGCUUACUUGAUGAGAUCAAGGAUGAGACAUCAGAAGAUGGAUGCAGCUCUGUUAGGAGUGAUCUUCAGGAAGAUCAAGAAGCAUCAAGCAUGGAGUCAGGACACGGAGUUGUCUGUGACACAAAGGGGAAGGAGAUCGAAGUGCGUUAGGAAGUAGUGCGAGAUGAUCUUCAGGGGUGUGAAAUCACUCCAAGACAAUAUCAAUGAGUGCAG